AUGGCUGAGGAAACCCGCGAGGAUCCGCAGCGAUCGGCGGUGCGGGUUCGCUCUCCCGACGAAGAGGUCGAACCCGCUAGAUCCCAAGAUGUCGCCGGGUCGCUCAAGAAACCGUCCAAGAAUGAGCGCGAUGAUCUUUGCGAGGCAGCGCAGAAGGAAUUAAAGAACUUGUCCAUCAGCAUGCGACGAUCGAAGAUGCAGUGCAAUCGAAUGGAGAACUUCGCUUUUGAUCCAAUGUCGUUACCUGCAUCAAGAGUUCCUUCUCGGGAUUCAGGACAUUCUGCCACUCCGGUUCAGACUCCCUCAGGUGCUACCUCUCCUCGACUUGGCUCAUCCAUGGCAUCCGUCAACUCCCCUCCACUUACACCAGCUGGAUCAGGCCCCGAAAGAAAAGGAGCUUCCCAGGACGAGGGCCUCCCAAGAAUAUCAGUCCGAAACGACGCAGGAACAAUGACUCCUGAAAUAUCUCCGCCCCACGAGCGUCCUCCGACAAAGGUGACCCCUCAACAGGAAUCCCGACCGGGCGCAUCGACGCAACCACGAUCUGCAGCCGCCAACGCACGCCUUACCGCUGUCGUUCAACCGCGCCCGCGAUCGAUGGUGGAAAUGUCCGGUGUUGUGGCGCCCCAUCCUGCGGAAUAUCGCAACUCCAUGGCGGGCCCUGCAGGCGAUUCGCUACCCCCGUCUCAUGACGGAAGUCCCGCCAACACCCCUGGAGCGGUCACCCCGCCCGGCGCACGCUCCCCAUACCAACGUCCCUUCACACCGCAAGGCGAUCCAAACGAUCCAUAUGCGCGCGGAAAACGUCCCGUGCAAAAUCGAGAUCUCGAUACGAUCGACCCCAGGUUUGUCUUCGGGGUCCGCGACCGCAGCCAACGCCGCGACCCCAUUUCAGCCUCGUCAUCCAACGUCCCUCGAUCAAAAGGCGGAACGGAACCCACCCAUCAAAAUGAGAAGCGCCCUGGUUUUCUUGGUGGCAGUCACCAUCGCGACGAGUCCAGCUCAUUCCACCUCAGCGAAAAGAAACAUGGGUCUAUGUCCGAUCUGAAGCGCUUUUUCAAGUUUGGAUCCCAUAAGAAAGAUAAAGACAAAGGCCAUAAGAAGUCUGGUCACUCGUCGUCGAGUAGCUCGCUGCGGGGCAGCCGACCUACGACCGGAGACCGGAAAUCAUCGUCAAAUUCGACCGGAACGUUCAAUAUGCCCUUCGCAGACGACAUGAGCUUAGAAUCGAAAUACGGAAAGUUUGGCAAGGUCCUGGGCUCUGGGGCGGGGGGAUCGGUCCGCAUCAUGAAGCGCCAGUCGGACGGAGUCACCUUCGCCGUCAAACAGUUCCGAGCUCGACAUACCUACGAGAGCGAGAAAGAAUAUAGCAAGAAAGUCACCGCCGAGUUCUGUAUCGGGAGCACGUUGCACCAUGGCAACCUCAUCGAGACCAUGGACAUCAUUCAUGAGAAGGGGAACUGGUACGAAGUCAUGGAAUACGCACCCUACGACCUAUUCGCGAUCGUAAUGACGGGAAAGAUGAGUCGAGAGGAGAUCACAUGCGCCACGCUUCAGAUCCUCAAUGGCGUCACCUAUUUGCACAAUAUGGGGCUAGCGCAUCGAGACUUGAAGUUGGAUAACGUCGUCGUCAACGAGCAUGGGAUCAUGAAGAUUAUCGAUUUUGGCAGUGCCGCCGUUUUCCGAUAUCCCUUCGAGAAUGGUGUGGUCACGGCAUCCGGCAUUGUCGGCUCCGAUCCAUACCUUGCUCCUGAAGUCUAUGAUCUCCCCAAAUACGACCCGCAGCCAACCGACGUCUGGUCUCUCGCCAUCAUCUUCUGUUGCAUGACCCUCCGUCGCUUCCCAUGGAAACAACCUCGCCUCUCCGACAACUCCUACAAACUGUUCGUUGCGGACCCAGACGAAGAAUCAAGAAAAGCGCUCUCACAGCUGGCUUUAAAAUCUGCACUUGAAAAUCCCAAUCCAUAUAACCCCACAGAACGCUUCCCUCCUACCCGCUCCGACCCCAAUACUAAUAUCCAAAACCCGGACCAACCUCGAAUUCACGUCCCCGAAACCCCUCCGACCAACACCGCCUCCACACAACCGCAAACCCAGCCCGCACAACCGCAACAAAUCAAGGGGCGCUGGCGUCUCCUCCGCCUCCUUCCCCGCGAAACCCGCCACAUUAUCAGUCGCAUGCUCGAACUCGACCCUCUCCGCCGCGCCACCCUCGCCGAGAUCUGGGAGGACCGCUGGGUCAAAACCGCCUUCUACGGCGACAACGAAGGGGGGACGAUUAUCCGCGGGUUGGGACAUACGCAUGUGCUGGAGCCGGGGAGUAGCGGCGGGGAUGAUAAGGGAGGGAAGUGA